GGAAUCCUGAUCCUUUCGCUCCCUUCCGCUCCCUUCCGCUUACGAUCCGCUAUAGACGCGGAUACGGAGUUUUUGACAAUGCCAUCAAUUAUCCACUAUCUACUACUUGACCACAUUCUUUAAAUAGCCCCCCCCCUCACAUAGACCAUCCUCUUUCGCUACAUAAUAUAUUGCUGUUGCUAGUACCUAUACCACAUACCACAUACCUAGGUACGCAUCAUGGCCGCCAACCGUGAAGAUACGACCUUACAUCUGCCGCGCAUCCUCUGUCUGCAUGGCGGCGGAACCAAUGCUCGUAUCUUUAGGGCUCAAUGCCGCGUAGUGUCACGGACGCUAGAGCCUUAUUUCCGCAUGGUUUAUGCCGAGGCGCCUUACGAAUCUGGCGCCGGCCCGGACGUGCUUUCGGUCUAUGCAGAGCACGGUCCAUUCAAAAGGUGGCUCCGCUGGCUUCCCGAACAUCCGGAAUUAGAAGACGAAAAUGCGGUUGCAGACAUUAACGCCUCUCUAAAAGAUGCUAUGGAUGCUGAUGACCAAGCGGGCGCCACCGGCCCCUGGGUUGGGCUUCUUGGAUUUAGCCAGGGUGCCAAGAUUGCCGCAAGCAUAUUAUAUCGGCAACAGAUCCGAUCCGAGAAGCUAGGGUCGGCGCAGGCCGGUUCGGACUGGAAGUUCGCCGUUCUCAUGGCCGGACGGGCGCCUAUAGUGAACCUAGACCCCGAAGUAUUCAAGUCAUCCAUGCUAAGCGAGGCGUCGCAGGUCGGCCUCACAGGUGCACCAGACUUAAUGGAAAUGAUGAGCGGGAACCACAUCUUGAAGCUUCCGACCAUCCACGUUCACGGACUGAGCGACCCGGGUUUGAAUCUGCAUCGCGAAUUAUUGGAAGAGUACUGCGAUCCAGGGACUGCUAGAUUGAUUGAGUGGGAUGGUACGCAUAGGGUGCCUCUCAAAGGAGCUGACGUGCAGCCGUUGGUAGAGCAGAUAUUAGAUGUCGCAAGAAAGGAGGGUGCCUUGAAACGUUGAUAGAUCUCCUUGUUGCAAUUCUGGGUACGGUGCAAGGGCGGCUAUGAAAUUUCAUAAUUUUAAGAAGAGGAUUGAUUUCAUACCAUACAAUUAAUUGGAAUAGAGGGGAUAUCAUCCGAAGAUUGAGACUGCCACCAGAGUAGACUUAGACAAACCAACACCAACAGUCAGUGGACAUGGGAUAUGACACAUAGAGGCAACAUGAAAACAUUAUGAUUGACUACACAUGACUUGCCUGUGUAAUGACUGUAGGCCCCCCUUCGAUGGCAUGUACU